UCGAUUACAGUUAUUUACUGCGCGGUUCCGUUUGUCGUCUGCGAUAUCGGAAAAUGACGACAUCGCCAUAUUCGUUGUUCCCAAUAUGGCGUUUGUUUGUAAAUGUUAAAUAUAACGCGACCGUUAAGCGACAGAAAAACCGGAUAAACUGUGGAGGAUUGAGGGAAAAUGGAACAUACAUGAUUUUACUCAUUAACUUCAAACGCCCGCAAAAAGCGUAAUACCCGCAAAAAUGCCGGCCGCAUUCAACAAAGAGGACAUGGACAUGCGUGUCGUGUACAACAAAGGCGGCAAAAGAAACGGUUACCACGAAACGGUCCGAGACUUUGACCACCCGCCCGAUUGGGAUAACGAGUAUUCGGACGAAGACGCGGUUUUUAUGCAAGGCGGUAAUUUGGAUCGAUCGUCUGCGACAAAACCUCUGAUGUUUCCUCGCGCUAGGACGAAAGCGAGGCUGAACCAUAGCGCAUGCGCGCGGUGCCGACCAAUCAUAAACGCCAUCUGCUGUUUUCUAUUUCUGGUGCUUUCUUUAGGUUCACUCAUGGGACUCGUUGUGUAUUUUGUAAAUAAGCAUAACAAGAAAUUGUCAUCACUAGAAAAAAACAUACAAGCUGCCUCGAUUAGUGCUAAAAUUCUUGCUGACCAAUCAAAACCGGACUUCUCGACCAUCGUUGGAUGUGAUGACGUCACAGUUGAUGACGUAUGGACCGUGGGAAUCCCCAAGCUUCUGACCGAGUCCGCCUUUCGACCGCUUGACGUCAACCAAGAUGGCGUCUUGGAUGUCAUUCUCGGAUUCGCAACUGGCGCAGACGGGAUGAGCGUUCCACGUAUCGUCUGUGAUAUUUAUUUCGACGGAGUCUACCCGUGUUUUGGCGGGCUAUUAGCGCUAGAGGGCGCGACGGGACGGGAGCUGUGGCGCCACUAUGCAGAUCACGAGCUCUACGGUAUUAACUGCGAGGCGGACCUGAACAAAGAUGGCGUCAACGACUGCCUAGCUGGCGGACGAGCAGGGGCGUUCAGAGCGGUCAGCGGCAAAGACGGAACGCUGCUCUGGAACUUCGGGAAACAGGAGGCCAAGAACGCCAUCAUGAAUCUCUAUACUGCGCACAUCAUAGCGGAUAUUGACGGUGACGGCGUCGUUGACGUUCUAGCGAUACACGGCGGCGAUCCACUUCAGGACCCAGGGAGCCCCCAUCGUCUCUCCGGGCGCAUCCUACUGAUGAGCGGCGCAACGGGUCACGUGAUCAGAUGGAUGGGCGUUCCGGACGGUCGCGAGUCCUACUACUCGCCCCAGAUCUACACGUGGCCUGACGGUACGGACCUCGUGCUGUUUGGUACAGGGGGAGAGACGCACGGGGGGUCGCUGUGGGUCGUCACUCUGGCCGACCUCAUCCGGGGAGAUAUUGAUAUGGCGCGGCCCCUUUUCACCGACGCCCACAAGGGAGUGAUGACCCCUCCGGUCCUUGUCGACCUCACGGGGGACGGCGUGGAGGACAUCGUACUUCCGGUGUUCAACUCGUCCGUACUCGCCAUUGACGGAUUGAACUUCUCCGUGAUUUGGAACUACACCCUGCCUAUGUCCGAGUCUUACCACACCCCCUCGCCAGGGUACUACAACGACGAUGAUGUUCCGGAUUUCCUGAUCAAGUCCGCAAAGGGGCCCGGAUUUCCGGUGUAUUUCUACUCAGAGACCACGGUCCUGGACGGGCGCACGGGCCAACCCCUGAUCACGCCCCCUAUCCGCGACACAGUAGGGGCCCAGGCCUCCAGCCUCACCGUAGGGGUCGAGGGGCGGGGUAACGACCUCUUUCUGUACUGGGCCGCGGACUGUCUCGAUCACCCGGGCGAGGGUGGAGAGUUCAAAUUUGUAGAAGGUACGAACGUUCACGAGCAAAGCCGCUCCGACUUCUGUAAGCUGCGAUUCAAGACGAAGGGGUACAGUAAAAUCUACGCCAUAGGACGACACAUCGUUGCACCAGGGGCUACAGUCUACUACUCGGAAGAGAGAAAAACUCUAGAGCAUGCAAGCUGGCAAAAUACGACUCAGAUGGGCAUCGACUUUGUGGCGUCACAUCCGGAAUAUCUCGAGGAGUACCGGAAGUUCGCUGCUUUCGAUGCAGACGACACCGCGUUAACAGAAGACCCAGAACCGGGUACGGAGCUGUUCCCUAUAGAAGAAGGCAAUGAGUCCCUAUUCGAAACCCCUAUAUUAGACCCCUCUAUUCGGACAACAUACAAAAAAGGGCCGAAAAGGCCGCUGGAUUCUUUUCCGUUUGAUGAACGAAAAAAGAGCGGAUAUCCGGAUUAUGAGUAUACUGCUCCGAUUCUAGACGAACCUUACCGGAGCUUGGAACGAGGUCCAUCUUUAAGUGGACUCAACGAUGAUCGUUAUCAUAAACAUCAAAAACAAAGGAUUCCGAAUAGCGAUUACGGUAGAUCACGUGUUCGACCAAGAAAUACCAAACCGGAUAUGACAUCGAUUUCGGAUAUUCAACAAAAACAGGCUAUUAAGCCAAUUGCUAUGCGCGACACACGAGUAAACACACAGACAACUAAUGAUAAUUCAAUAGCAUAUACAAUUGGUCGCAAAAGAAAAUUACAAUCGGAUAAAUACAAUGAAAAAAUCGGAAAUUCUAAUUUUUUUCAAAACCGGAAACGGAAGCGCCGCCAUGUUGGACCACAUGACGAAGAAGGUUUACAGCGCCUGCUUUCUACCGGAAGUCUAAUGCCAAGUCUUCUACCGCAAAACCAUAAGAAUUACAACCAUUCCAUAGAACUUGUGUUUGCGACCUAUUGGUUCUUCCCCGCAAAAACUCGUGCCAUUUUACCGCAGGAUCAAAAAUGCAUCGAGAAGAAAAUGUCAGAGGAAGAAAUACGCUUUGAUCCAAAAAGCUCGUACUAUGGGAUGGACCACGACGCGUACGAACACACGAUCACGGACGAGUGCCUACGAUCUAGCGGACACGAUCUACCGAAAGAGGGAACGUACGAGAGUCAGACUCUAUACAACCCCUUCAACAUUCACAUGGGCCAGAUGACCGUCUAUAGGGUCCGAAUCACGUGCAAGUGCAGCAACGCGACCGAUGUCGUCACUUCCGGUAAGCGCUGCGGUCACGUGCUCCCAUUCAAUCAACAGCAGUGGAGAAGCUACAUGGGGAACCACGCGGACAGCAUCUGGGCGCCGCGUACCGGAAACUAGACGCCGUCGAAAAAAGGGCCUCGUUUUAUAAUGUUACUUUUUUACAAAUCGAGCAUAAAUAAGUGCCAUAGGAGACUUUAUAUGGGAAUCAUGUAUAUACGCUUAUGGUUACAGUAUACUAAAUAACCGUUUCAUGUAGGGCUGUACCCACUAAACAAAUAUAAUAGUUGACUCGAAGGCAUGUUGUACACUUUACACUAUUGUUCUGGUUUUAUCUUUUGGAUAAAGUAGUAGGGCGUGAAAAGGUGCUCACUACUAAAUCCCUGAAAUAUGAUAAACUUAGAGACUAUAGUAAAACAGUGCACUGAAAAAGGUUACAUUCCACUAAAAACGGCCGGAAAAAAGUUGCAAAAACAGUCGAUUUUGUCUUUUGACAAGUUCUUUCUUGGUUCGUACAUGACUAUCUUUUUUUAUUGCACAAAUCGACUCCGCUUAGAAUUGCCUUUAAGAAAAGGUAUGGUUAUGGGGGUCUCUAUGUGCAAAAUUUUGCAUUUACUUUCGCCUAAAGAUGUCGCUUUUACAUUGAAUUAUAUAGGGGAACUAUUUAGUAUAUUGUGACCUUAUUGGUGAUUGCAAGGGAGGUCAAUAAAAAAAUGGUUGAACAUGACCCGCGAUAGCCUCCCCUGUUGAAAAAAAGUAGAUUGUAUGUACUAUAUUACUAUACUAGUAAUAAAACAGUUGCGUUAAAGGGACCUUUUCACGUUUUGGUAAAUUGACAAAAGUGAUUUUUUUUUUUUAUUUCAGAUUCGCAACUGUUCGUUGUAGUUAUGAUAUUUGUGAGGAAACAGUAAUACUGAACAUGUAUCAUGCUUUAAAAUACCAUAUAUGCAUCUUUUAAUGAUUUAAAAACCUGAAAAUUAUAAAGCGUUGCAACGCGAAACGAUUGAAUAAUUUGAAGAGUUCUGUUGUUGUCGUUAUAUUUUGUGACUCUACGAGGAUUGCUUCUAAAUGUGAAUUGGAAAAAGGUAAAAAAAAACAUUAAUGAGUUUUGAAAUCUGUCUCUUUUUUAACACACUUGAUGAGACCUUUUUGCAAAUAUAUAUGAAAAAUAGUAUGCGUGAAAUAUAAUGUCGUAAGCACGUGGCAUUUUGGAUAACCAUUACUGCUGAUAGGUUGAUGAACAUAGAUUGACAGAUUAAAAUGCAAAUAAAGUUGAUAUAACAAAAAUAAACCGAACGUUACGGUAAUAUAAAGAAGAAAAUGUAACGAUAGUUAAACAUUUUUUUCUGACAGCCGAUGUUUGGUGAGUUUUUGUUGAAUGGAGAGUGAACCGUAUAAAAUACCGUGUAAAUUGUUAUUGAAUAUAAGUGCAAUAUUUGUAUUGAACAAUUUAAUAAAAUUGUGUAUUAAAAUCGACCACCUUCGAUCAUUCAUUUAACCCUUAAAGCGCUGGAGCUGAAUUUUAAAGGCCUUUGCAAACAGUUUGGAUCCAGAUGAGACGCCACAGAACGUGGCGUCUCAUCUGGAUCCAAACUGUUUGCUAUUCUGAUAGUAUUCUUUGAAAAAAAUUCGAAGAAAAUGCUAAUUUUAGAAAUUCAACAGACGACAUUUUAGCAGACGACAAAUUUCCCAGCAUG